GAACCGAAUCAGCUGCUGCCCGUUUGCUUCAAAAGUUGCCUGGAGCGGUCUCUUCUGAAAAUUUUCGGCGAAAUCGGUGGCCUCACCACGGUGGAUGUUCUGAAAUUUGACGCCCCCCGAGCAAGAGCCAUAGUCAGAAUUCCGUCGGAUUUUUACGUCAAGUUUAGAGCGGCGACAACACUAACUGGAAACUUUCAGGACAUACCGUGCAAUUUCGUUGUACAUAAAGCGUGUCCGAUCCUGCUUGGACUGACCGAGACACAUUUGGAGUAUUUCAAAGCUAACUGAUUGAACACUAGAUUCGGAAGAUGUCCCUGUGCAAGAGCUUCGGUAAGGACAAUGUGAUAUUUGCCCUCGCCGAGGACCAUGCGACACCGAGCACGGUGGAACUGCCGGAACCGGAAGCCAGUCCCGGCCUGAUACUGGAAAACGGGGACAUCAACUGGAACUGUCCUUGCCUGGGUGGAAUGGCAACUGGGCCGUGCGGUGUGGAGUUUCGUGAGGCUUUCUCUUGCUUUCACUAUAGUGAAGCACAAUCCAAAGGAUCAGACUGUUAUGAUGCGUUCAAAACGAUGCAGGACUGUAUGGCGAACUACCCGGUGGUAUACAAGCAGAACCUACAAGACGAAGAGGACGGCGGUCUGGAUUUGGGUGCCGUGCUAGAUGAAGAUGAGGAGGAUCCGGAUAAGCAAACGUUGAAACAGGUGUUGGAAGUUAGGUAG